GUGAACCAUUGAGCUUUGGGUGCAUGUAAAGGUCACCAAACUAUGGUUCCAAAGUGUAUGUGUGUCAUUUUGUCCCUGAAGUUCCAGCCUUUACAAAUGGAUCACCACUCAUAAAAACGAAUGGCUAAUUUUGUUGAAGGUGUUCACAUCUCGCCAUACUCAACAAAUGCCUGUGACUUUUAGGACCAAAACAUUUGGGAGGAUGGUAACCCUGCAUGUGCCCCACCCCUCCUCAUGCAGCUGAGGGGCUCCUUUAGCUGCUAUAAGAACCCUCCCUGACACGAUGACUAUCACACUGGACCAUCCUAUGGACAAGUGUCAAAACUAACUGGGGACUACUGCUGUCUAAACCUCCGAGUUACAGCUAAGUUUACGCGCGGCUCUUGUCUGCAUGCUGCUGUUUUCUACUUGAAAAUAAGGGAUUGGCUUUCCCCUGGGAAACACUUGCCUACAUAUGAUGGCUUUUACUAUGCUGAGGCCAGUGUCGACCCAUCCCUUCUCUUACCCCGCUGACCUGACCUUGAUCUCGGACGACGAAGAGGGGAACCGCAGCGAGAGCGACGGCAGCACCGACCAGGGCUACGGCUGCUGCGGGAUUCCGCGGGACAGUUAUAGGCGGGUGUCCGGCGUCGUGGUGCCGCAUCGAAACACCGCUAACGCCAGGGAAAGACACCGGACUCAGAACGUCAACACGGCUUUCACGGCGCUGCGGACACUCAUCCCUACGGAACCGGUGGACAGAAAACUCUCCAAAAUCGAGACGCUGCGCCUGGCGUCCAGCUAUAUCUCCCACUUGGCCAACGUUCUUGUGGUCGGGGACGGGAGGGAGGACGGACAGCCUUGUCUCAAGGCUGUCUACAAGGAGGUGAAGGGGGGUAGAGAAGGCAAACAGCCCCGGAAUAUCUGCACAUUCUGCCUCAGCAACCAACGGAAAGGGGUGAAAGACAAACGAGACUGUGUGAAAAUGCAUGGAAGCAGUGCGAGACAAAUAAGUCGACGAUGAAACUGUCUGAGUAGGACUGGAUUGACUUUUCAGAACAGACUUCGGAGGAAACCUCCACUAAUCAUUCCGAGAGUCUGGAUGCAUCUCAGUCUUUGAGGACUACUCUGAAGUUUUGGUUUUGCUCACUUAACCCUGUAUGAGAGAGGAGGAUUGGCACCAGUCACUCGUUCCA